CAAAAUGGCGACUGGACAAGACCAAUUUCGACGUCGAGUUCAACAUAAACUUGCUGGGCGCCUUUUAGACACAAUUGAUCCCGAUCAUGUUUAUAAACCCACGCAAGAUGGUGAAACAAAAUUUAAAGAUAUAGACCCACAAACACGACAAGAAUUUGAAAAACAAUAUGGUAAAUACCAAAAGAAAUCCUCACCAUUUUGUAUCCAAAAUAUAUUAUGGUUAAUAUCAUCAAUAGCAGUGUUUCAUUUCACGGAUUUUUAUAUGGUUAUUAGAUAUAAUCCCAAAGUUAACAGUUUAUGGUUUAAUAUCGGGGCAAUAUUGAUAUUAAUUAAUAUCAGUGUAGCUGUGUUUCUAGUUGUAUGGUUAACGUUUAUAAAGAAAGUACCAAGUGAACAGUGGGAGAGGCGAUAUCCUUCAGCCAUACCUACUGCUACUGCCUGCUUUAUAUUUGGUUCUAUCUUUGUGAAUAUUGGAUUGUGGCCGGUGUGGGGUAUUUUUACACCAGUUAUACUUUUUGUGAUAUUCAUGGGAUUUAUAGUGACAGUCGCUAUGUUUGGGUAGAAGAGGGAAUGGGAAAAGCCUUAUACUAACUCUAUAUUAUUACUGAGGUGCCAGGUUUUCAAAAAACCACCUGUCAAUUCUUGUCUAUAAUUCCGUUCUUUUUCUUUAAAAUACAGUUAUUCUCUGUAUCUUUAUGAUCAGAAAACUUCUGUGUCUGUUUUCUUGCUUAACCAGAUACAAUUGACUUUAUUCUUAUAUUUUGUUGAAUUAUUUUCAAUUAAGAUAUAUAUGACAAAAGUGCCUCAUUGGUCAUAUUGAUGUGUAUAAAUGCCUCCAGGUGAAAUAUCUGGGAUUAUGUAAUUUUUAAACUGUGUUAUUUAUGUUGAAUUAUGCUGUUUUAGUUGUAUAUAAGAAUUAUAAUGAAAUCUCCUAUUUUUUUAAAUUAAAUUUAUAAUUUUAAGU